GAAAGGGGAAGAAGAGGAUCGCCUCAAGGAGGAGGGAAAGGAGGAAGAGGAAAACAAAACCAACAGCCAGUACAGCAGAAAGGAACGCAUGUCUGCCUGUCGCCAUCCCUGUGAAGCUAGUAUCUGGAAGCCCUGUGCUCUGUGCACUCUCCAGCCCUGCAUCAGCUCCUUACUACUCCAUGGAGGCCAUGGAACCACGGGCUUUGCUGGUCCUGCUGGUGGCCACAGCUUGGCACGGUCAGGGAGUCCCGGUCAUCGACCCCAGUGGCCCAGAGCUGGUUGUGGAGCCAGGCACAGCAGUGACCCUGCGGUGUGUGGGCAACAGCAGUGUGGAAUGGGAUGGGCCCAUCUCUUCUCACUGGACCCUGGAUCCUGAUGCCCCCAGCAGAAUCCUGACCACAAGAAACGCCACCUUCAAAAACACAGGAACCUAUCGCUGCAAUGAGCUCGGAGACCCUCUGGGGGGCAGUGCCACCAUCCACCUCUAUGUCAAAGACCCUAGACACCCCUGGAAUGUACUGGCACAAGAGGUGACUGUGUUCGAGGGCCAGGAUGCCCUGCUACCCUGCCUGCUCACUGACCCCACAAUACAGGCUGAUGUCUCACUGGUUCGUUUGAGAGGCCGACCAGUCUUGCGCCAAACCAACUACUCCUUCUCCCUCUGGAAUGGCUUCACCAUCCACAAGGUCAAGUUCAUUGAUGGCUGGGACUACCUGUGCAAAGUCAUGGUGCGCGGUGUGGCAUGGACAUCCAUCAGCAUCCGGCUCAAAGUGCAAAAGGUCCUCCCAGGGCCCCCAACCUUGACACUGGAGCCUGCAGAGCUGGUGCGAAUUCGAGGGGAGGCUGCCCAGAUCGUGUGCUCAGCCACCAAUGUGGACUUUGACUUCAGUGUCUUCCUCAAACAUGGAGACAUCAAGCUCAGAAUUGCUCAAGAAACUGACUUCCAUGAUAACCAUUACCAAAAAGUCCUGACGCUCAACCUCAGUGAUGCAGGCUUCCAAGACGCUGGCAACUACUCCUGUGUAGCUACCAAUGCCCUGGGCACCCACUCUACCUCCAUGAUCUUCCGGGUGGUGGAGACUGCCUACUUGAACCUGACCUCUGAGCAGAGCCUUGUGCAAGAGGUGGCUGUGGGUGAGAGUCUUACCCUCAAAGUCAAGGUAGAGGCCUACCCUGGCCUGCAAGGUUUUAACUGGACUUACCUGGGGCCCUUCUCUGACUACCAGCCCACGCUUGAUUUUGUCACCAACAAGGACAGAUACAGGUACACAUCUGUCCUCUCUUUACCCCGCCUGAAGCCCUUGGAGGCUGGCCACUACUCCUUCCAGGUGUGGAAUAAAGGAAGCUGGAGAAAUCUGACCUUCUCACUCACACUGAAAUACCCCCCAGAAGUCAGUGUCACAUUGAUGUCUGUCAACGGCUCUGAUACUCUACUUUGUGAUGCCUCUGGGUACCCCCAGCCCAAUGUGACAUGGAUGCAGUGCAGUGGCCACACUGACGGGUGUAACGAGGGUCAGGCCUUGAAGGUUUGGAGGGACUCCCACCCUGAAGUCCUGAGCUGGAAGCCCUUCCACAAAGUAAUGGUCCAGAGCCAGCUGGCUACUGGGACAUUGGAGCACAACACGACUUACGCAUGCAGAGCCCUAAACAGCAUGGGGAACAGCUCUCAGUCCUAUAGGGCUGUCUCCAUAGGACACAUCAAGCAUUUCCCUGACAAGUCCUUCUUCACACCAGUGGUGGUGGCCUGCCUGUCCAUCAUGGCCUUGCUGCUGCUGCUGCUGCUGCUGCUCUUGUACAAGUAUAAGCAGAAACCCAAGUACCAAGUGCGCUGGAAGAUCAUUGAGAGCUGCGAGGGCAACAGCUACACCUUUAUCGACCCCACCCAGCUGCCCUACAAUGAAAAAUGGGAGUUCCCCAGAAACAACCUGCAGUUUGGUAAGACCCUUGGUGCUGGUGCCUUUGGGAAGGUAGUGGAGGCCACAGCCUUUGGUCUGGGCAAGGAAGAUGCUGUGCUGAAGGUAGCUGUGAAGAUGCUGAAGUCCACAGCUCAUGCUGAUGAGAAGGAGGCUCUCGUGUCAGAGCUGAAGAUCAUGAGUCACCUGGGCCGGCACGAGAACAUAGUCAACCUUCUGGGAGCCUGCACCCACGGAGGCCCUGUCCUGGUCAUCACUGAAUACUGCUGCUACGGUGAUCUGCUCAACUUUCUGCGAAGGAAGGCUGAGGCCAUGCUGGGACCCAGCCUGAGUCCAGGUCAGGACUCUGAGGGAGAUUCCAGCUACAAGAACAUAAACCUGGAGAAGAAAUAUGUGCGCAGGGACAGUGGCUUCUCCAGCCAGGGUAUGGAUACCUAUGUGGAGAUGAGGCCUGUUUCCACUUCUUCCAAUGAUUCCUUCUCUGAACAAGAUCUGGACAAGGAGGCUGGUCGGCCGCUGGAACUCUGGGAUCUGCUCCAUUUCUCCAGCCAAGUGGCUCAGGGCAUGGCCUUCCUUGCUUCCAAGAAUUGCAUCCACCGGGAUGUGGCAGCUCGAAAUGUGCUGUUGGCCAGUGGGCACGUGGCCAAGAUUGGGGACUUUGGGCUGGCUAGGGACAUCAUGAAUGACUCCAACUACGUUGUCAAAGGCAAUGCCCGUCUACCUGUCAAAUGGAUGGCCCCAGAGAGCAUUUUUGACUGCAUCUACACGGUUCAGAGUGAUGUCUGGUCCUAUGGCAUCCUUCUCUGGGAGAUCUUCUCACUUGGGUUGAACCCCUAUCCUGGCAUCCUGGUGAACAGUAAGUUCUACAAACUGGUGAAGGAUGGAUACCAAAUGGCUCAGCCUGCAUUUGCUCCAAAAAACAUAUACAGCAUCAUGCAGGCAUGCUGGGAACUGGAGCCCACCCACAGACCUACAUUCCAGCAGAUCUGCUUCCUCCUCCAGGAGCAGGCCCAAAUGGACAGAAGAGAGCAGGACUACGCUAACCUGCCUAGCAGCGGUGGUGGCGGCAGUGAGCCAGAGGAGGAAAGCUCCAGUGAGCACCUGACCUGCUGUGAGCCAGGAGACGUCGCCCAGCCCCUGCUCCAGCCCAACAACUACCAGUUCUGCUGAGGCAGUGACACUGGAGUGGAACACUGUGGAACCCUCCCAGCCCCACCUCUUCCAUGAAGGGCAACAUGGGGAGAACAUGUGAACUCCGCCCUUAGCUCAGCCCAGCUCCGUCACUUGGGAAUUUGACUCCUAGAGCCUGGGCUAUCACUGCCAAUCAGGGGCUGAGCCCCUCUCCCAUUGUUCUCUCCGUGUGGCUUCAUGUUUGCUAUGCCAACUGAGGUAUAUCCUUGGUUCAAGCUCUUGAUCUUGCUCCCACUCGAAAUAACUCCCUUCCUUAGCUCCCUUGCAUCUCUGUAGAAACAGGACUACAUUUUAUGCUUCAGAAGACAAGGUUCCCUAAGAUUAGAGACAUAGUGGACUUAUCUCCUGGACCAAGGUGGACAGUAGGAUCCACAGGCGCUCAGACUGCAGGUUCCUUGGGCAGGGUGGAGCCUUCAUAAGAAUCUAAGAGGACCUUCUAGCCUUCCCUCCAUAGCCUUGCCCCACCCUAGAUCUGACCUGGUACUGAUAGAAUAAGCCAAGUGGCAGCUAUAAGAAGUGUUAUUCCCCAUCUCCUAUCAUUCUGGGCUGAAAAGCAGGGGCCCUUGACAUGUGGCUGGCCACAUUAAGCAAGAACUAUGCACUCCCCCCCAAGCUGACUCACCCUCACUAACAAUCACACUGGGGAUGUCUCUGUCAGCAUUAAACUAACAGCACUAACUCAGCACAGCUAGCAGCCUCUGGUUCUUUGCAUCCCAUAAGCACCCUCUGUUCAUCCUUCACGCACAAGUAGCAGCAAGCUUCUCUCCAGAGCUUAGCCACACACAAUGAGCAGGAAACUGGCUCUUGCUUCAUCAAAACCAGAUAAUUUAAUAAACUUUAUUCUUGUUGGGGAAAGAGAGAGGGAAAAAGCCCCUUACUCCAUCUCGCUCAAUAAAUUAAAUAACACCUGGCCAAUUCCCAGGCCCUAAGCAAA